AUGUUUCUUAUUGAUACGAGCAAGUAUAAUACAGGACUGGAAGUCAUUCCCGGCUACCGCACUGAAGCCAGAAAUAUAUCAAUACUGGCAGUUACAACAGCAAGUGCUAUGAUUGAAUGUCCCAACAAAUAG